GUAUGAUACAAAACAGAUUUCGAACUGAAACCGGGCUAUUAAUUGAUGUUGUUUUGGAAGGUAAGGGAACGUCAAAUGACGGAAACACUGCUCGUCGGUUUUUUAAAAAUUGUGAUAAAAGUGCAAAUAUUACGGGUGUUGAUAAAAAUCUAAUUCAACGAUUCGGAAAUAUCUUAUUUGCUAUGUCAAGUGGUCACGAAGUCAAUGUACCAGAAUUUAAAAUGUAUACUGCAGAUACAGCAAAAUUAUUUAUUUCUCUUUAUCCUUGGUACAACAUGCCUAGUAGUGUACAUAAAAUUCUUAUACACGGAGCUGAUGUAAUAAAUGCAGCACUCCUCCCUAUAGGACAGUUAUCUGAAGAAGCAGCAGAAGCGAACAAUAAAGAAUACAAAAAGUUCAGAGAACACCAUACUCGCAAAAAUACACGUUAUAAUACAAAUGAAGACCUAAUACAUAUGCUAUUAGUAGCCUCUGACCCAUAUUUAUCUUCUAUAAGAAAAUUACCAAAAAAACCAAUACGUGAGCUAACAGACGAUGUAAUGUCAUUACUAAUUUUACCAGAUACUGAAAUA